CAGUCAUGUUUGAUAGCUCUCAGCGGCACUCCCUGGUCCAUUCUGUACGCAGCACUCUAGACAUAACAUUUGAAGUUUCAAAUUGGCGCCCACCCAAGUAGCUGACUUCUGAAGAACGUUUGUUGAGAGGCUACUAUCAUAGGUCAAUAAAUUCUUCCUGUCGCUCGUCUCGACACGAAAUGGAGAAGCGUCGACUUCUUCUUGCCACUCUUAUUCUAUGCGCCCUUGCGUCCGUGGCUUCCUCGAAAACGCUGCUCAUGCGAGCGACGGCCAUUCUCACGGGACUCAAUCUCGCUGGAGGCCCCAACGGCGGCACGUUGCUCGGAUACGGAAGAGCUACCAUUUCCGUUUACACCGAUGGGCUGCUUUACGAGGUGCGGACAUUUGUGAGCGCCAGCAACCUCUACAGCAACGGCAAUCUCCCUCUAUAUGGAGUGUACAUUGGCAGUCGUUUCACGGCUCCUGACAGCGCAGACGUGCGUGUGCCGCCAUUCAUCAUGAACUGGAAGAAUAGCACCCUAAGCGGCCCCAUUAACCGGCAGGUUAAGUUGUACAGCUACCAUGCAACUCGGAAGGUCGUCUACCUCACUCGCUUCUUGUACACGUUCUCCCCAGCAUACAAGCUCAUGAACAAUCCGCGAGGUCAUUUUGCCGUUAUCUCAUAUUACGGCAACAAGUGCGCGCUAAGGGGGCAAUUCAUUAAGACGUACGGUUGGUUCAAUUAGGUGAAGACCAUGUGUGAGCUUAAUGUUGUAUAUGUGAUUUUUUAAUUAUGUGAAAGUAUCGUGUUC